GUUUUUAUCUUGGGGUGUUUCUGGAUGUCGAUGUUGUAAGUUGAAUGAGAAUGUUGGUGAAAGUAAACAAUCAAUAAGAUCCGAUGAAGGUUGGCGGGGUAAAUGGGUUGAGAUGGAUGCGAGGGUCCAGGGUCAGGGUUAGGUAACGCGAAUUCACGUGGUUCUAGUUGGCAAGCUGCGCUUUUGCUCCAACUCUUCCUGUAAGCUGUCAUCCACUUUUGUUAGAAAUGACCAAUGGAUAAAUGAUGAGCAAGAGAGGAUUUUGCUUGAACCCGAUAUGUUUUGCUCUAAGGUAGGCAAGAGCGUGGCGUCGCGGCCGUCUUCAGGAACCACUUAAAGUCUAACGCAGGGUACAUACCUCACUGGUCAAUUUAACUCUCGCGUCGGGAAAGUGGGGCAGUCACGUAACAAGGGAAUGGAGCGCGUCCACCCAGUUUCUUUGGCUCAAUGAAUUUCGAGUUCGUGCCAUCAACACCUCCAACAACAGUCCAGCCAGAUCCCACGUCCUUAUUCUAACUGUCUUUCUAUCCCCAUCAAACCAGAGACAACCCAGCUGCCAUAUCCCACCAUCCCAUGCCUCGACAUACAGCUGGAAUCUAGACUUGCUCUUCCGCAAGCCACUCCUUCAUCAAAGCAAUCCAAAAUGCCUUCCGCGACAUUACCGCAGAAAAGGGCCUUUGGGGAGGCUUCAAGCACCCGGCGGAACAUCGUCGCAACUCCCUCUACCGCCACCACCAAGAAGCGCCGCAUCGAUGAGCCCACAUCAUCUCCAGCACAACGCUUCAAGAGCUCUCAAAAUGACAGCAAAGGCAGAAUGGCCUCGAGCCAACAGAAGAGUGUUUUCGAGAGCGAAGUGCUCGAAAGACUGAAUCAGGACAUCUCAGACCUCAAGCAAAACAACUCAGAAAAGGACCAAGCAUGGGAGCGGCCACCCAUUCCGAACGACUUCGAUCCCUCCAAGCACAGUCUCUGCUUCCAAGCCAUCGAGGCAGAGGAGGGUACGAUCGGUGGUGGUCAACCUGCUGUGAAGCUAUUUGGCGUGACCGAGAACGGCAACUCCGUUCUUUUGCAUGUCAAAGACUUCAAGCACUACCUCUAUGUCGCGGCGCCAGUCUCGUUCGUCGUUGAGGACUGCCUUGCGUUCAAAGCAUAUCUCGAAUCGCAGAUGUCGCAAAAUCACCAAUAUCAACAGGUCAUUCAUAAUGUAUCGCUGACCAUGCGCGAGAAUAUCUAUGGCUUCCAAGGGAACGUCCAAAAUCCUUAUAUCAAGGUUACGGUUACCGAUCCAAAACACAUCAACAAGGUCCGCACCAUGAUCGAGAGAGGCGAGGCCAACUGGAAGGGGAUGUGGAAGCAUGAUGGCGGCAUCAUGACCUACGACAGUAUCCAGUACUUGCUUCGGUUCAUGGUAGACUGUUCGAUUGCUGGCAUGUCUUGGGUUGAAGCACCCGCCGGCGCAUAUGACCUUAUCCACAUGAACAAGCAGUCCAACUGCCAGUUCGAAGCUGUCAUCAGCUACCGAGAGCUGAUUUCGCAUAAGCCCUCUGGAGAGUGGUCUAAGAUGGCCCCUCUCCGGAUUCUCUCGUUCGAUAUCGAGUGCGCUGGUCGCAAAGGUAUUUUCCCCGAGGCCCAACACGAUUCCGUCAUUCAAAUCGCCAAUAUCGUCACCAAAUACGGAGACAAGAAGCCGUUUGUACGAAACGUGUUCUGUCUCGAUACUACAAGUCCCAUUGUGGCCACUCAGAUCCUGGAGUUUAAGGACGAAGGGAAAAUGUUGGCUGCAUGGCGGGACUUCCUAGAGAAGGUUGAUCCAGAUAUCAUCAUCGGGUACAAUAUUGCCAACUUCGAUUUCCCCUAUCUCCUUGACAGAGCGAAACAUCUCAAGGUGCAUAACUUCGAAUACUGGUCUCGCACGCACGUCAAGUCGGUAGCGAAGGAAACCAACUUCUCCAGCAAGCAGAUGGGCAACCGCGACACAAAGGCCACCAACACCAACGGUCGUCUCCAGCUUGACUUGCUUCAACUGGUUCAACGUGACCACCAACUUCGCAGUUAUACCCUGAACUCUGUGUGUGCCCAUUUUCUUGGUGAACAAAAAGAAGAUGUCCAUCACUCCAUGAUCACGGAGCUUUUCGAGGGUACCCCAGAGUCGAGACGCAGACUGGCACUCUACUGUCUCAAGGAUGCCUAUCUGCCACAAAGACUCAUGGACAAGCUGUCUUGCCUUGAAAACUACACCGAAAUGGCAAGAGUUACGGGGGUACCAUUCAACUUUCUCCUCGCCAGAGGUCAGCAAGUCAAAUUCUUGAGCCAACUCUUCCGCAAGGCCCUGGAGCAAAAGCUUGUCAUUCCCAACAUGAGAUCAGAGUCAUCAGAAGAGCAGUAUGAGGGUGCCACUGUCAUUGAGCCUACAAGAGGAUACUACGAUGUCCCCAUCGCCACUCUGGAUUUCGCUUCGCUGUACCCCAGCAUCAUUCAAGCCCACAAUUUGUGUUACACCACUCUCAUCAAGAAGAGGGAUAUUGAGAGGUGGAGCUUAGUCAAGGAUGAGGACUACAUCGUUACCCCCAAUGGCGACAUGUUCGUUACCACCAAAAAGAGAAAGGGGCUGUUGGCCCAAAUUCUGGAGGAAUUGCUCUCGGCUAGAAAGGAGGCCAAGAGAGAACUUGCCGCUGAGACAGAUCCAUUCAAAAAGGCUGUGCUCAACGGUCGUCAAUUAGCCUUGAAGAUCAGUGCAAACUCCGUCUACGGUUUGACUGGUGCCACCAACGGCAAACUCCCCUGCUUGGAGAUUGCUAGUAGUACCACCGCUUUCGGUCGUCAAAUGAUUGAGAGGACGAAGCACGAAGUUGAGGAGAGAUAUUGCAUCAAGAAUGGCUACAGUCAUGACGCUCAGGUCAUCUAUGGUGAUACUGAUUCCGUCAUGGUCAAGUUUGGCACCAAGGAGUUGGCCGAGGCCAUGAAGCUCGGCGAGGAUGCGGCGAAUUAUGUGUCUAGCAAGUUCAUCAAGCCCAUCAAGCUCGAGUUCGAAAAGGUGUACUUUCCCUAUCUUCUGAUUAACAAGAAGCGUUAUGCUGGGCUGUACUGGACAAAGCCGGAGAAGUAUGACAAGAUGGACACCAAGGGUAUUGAGACUGUCCGUCGUGACAACUGUCUUUUGGUGCAAACCGUCAUUGAGAAGGUCCUCCGCAUGAUUCUCAUCGAUCGUGACGUCCCUGGAGCUCAAGAAUACGUCAAAGACACCAUCGCCGACCUCCUUCAAAACCGCGUCGACAUGUCCAAGCUCGUCAUCACAAAAGCCCUCACCAAAGACGACUACGCCGCCAAGCAAGCUCACGUCGAGCUCGCCCACCGCAUGAAGAAGCGCGACGCCGGUUCCGCCCCCGCCCUCGGCGACCGUGUAGCCUAUGUCAUGGUCAAAGGCGCGACUGGCUCCAAGAAUUUCGAACGCUCCGAAGACCCGAUCUACGUCCUCGAGCACAACGUCCCCAUCGACACAAAAUACUACCUCGACAAUCAGCUCGCCAAACCCCUCGGCCGCAUCUUCGAGCCCAUCCUCGGCGAGACAAAAGCCAAGUCCUUGCUGACAGGUGAUCACACCCGCGCCAUCUCCGUCGCGGCACCCAAAGUAGGCGGUCUCAUGAAAUUUGCCAAGAAAACCCAAACGUGUAUGGGUUGCAAGAAACCCUUGACAGGGAAAGAAGAGAGUCAGGGCGCGGUGUGUGCCGAUGACGCGCCGAGGGUGGGUGAGUUGUACAAGAAGACGCUGGACAAGGUCAGUGACUUGGAGGUGAGAUUUGGGCGGUUAUGGACACAGUGCCAGAGGUGUCAGGGGAGCAUGCACUGUGAGGUGAUUUGCAGCUCGAAGGACUGUCCGAUUUUUUAUAUGCGGAUGAAGGCGAAGAAGGACCUGGAAGAUGCGAAUGGGGAGUUGGCGAGGUUUGAUUUUGAUCAGGCUGCUAUUUGGUAGUUUCUUGGGGUUGGGUUAUACAUAUAUGAAUUGGGAUAAGGGAUAAAGAAAUGGUUAAUGAUGUGGUUUGCUUUUGGGACCCUGGGGACAACAGGGGCGUUUAUCAAUCUUGAGGUUUUCGGUACCUAGCUGGAAUAUAACUUUCAUCACGAAAGACAGGGUUAGCAGUUGACUUUUUUGCGUCUUUCCUCUU